CAACUCUUCAUUCUCCCUGACAUCUCGCUGUCUCCAUGUGCUUUCUGCAUGUUAGGUUCACUAUUCUUUCACUCCAAGGACGCCAAAAUUUGUGAAGUUGAAGCCACUACGUGGAUAGAUUUGUUCAGCUUCUUUUUGUUGAGGAUGUCAUAUGAACUGCAAGUAUGAUCUUCAUGGAAGCUUGGUAGUGGCCAAACAAUGUUGUUGCACUGAUUUCGUUACUAAGUUCAUCUUUGACGCCACAAUCUUUCUUGAUUGAGAAGUUAGUCUUAUCGAAGUAUUAGGCUCGCUCCAUCGAGAGUAUUCAUUGGAACACUGAAAAUUAUCCUUCUCCAUCUCAGCUGCACUUCAUUGACAUUUCUGCAUAGAGAAAUGGCACUUGCUCCAACUGCUGAAGUGGUUCUGGGCUCAAUCGCCUUUGGAAUAUUUUGGGUGCUAGCCGUUUUCCCCGCAGUCCCCUUCCUACCUAUUGGAAGAACUGCUGGAUCUCUACUUGGUGCCUUGCUCAUGGUCAUCUUCCGAGUUAUCACUCCGGAGCAAGCCUACGCUUCCAUCGACAUCCCGAUCCUGAGCCUCCUAUUCGGAACUAUGGUUGUCAGCAUCUAUCUCGAAAGAGCACACAUGUUUAAGUACUUGGGCUGGUUUCUCUCUUGGAAGAGCAAAGGUGGUAAGGACUUGCUCUGCCGAGUCUGCCUUAUUUCGGCCUUGUCGAGUGCAUUAUUCACCAAUGACACCUCCUGCAUUGUGCUGACUGAGUUUGUUCUCAAGCUCGCGAGGCAGCACAAUCUGCCACCCAAACCAUUCCUUCUAGCACUAGCAUCAAGUGCCAAUAUUGGCUCCACAGCAACUCCAAUUGGAAACCCGCAGAACUUGGUUAUAGCUGUUCAGAGUAAGAUCUCUUUCGGAAAAUUCCUUACAGGUAUCCUCCCUGCCAUGCUCAUUGGGGUGGUCAUCAACAUUGCACUUCUUCUAUGCAUGUUUUGGAACACAUUAAAGAUAAAUAAGGUUGAUGAAGAGGUGAUGGAGGAAGCGGUGGAUGAGGAUGAAGUGAGCUCUCAUAAGUUCUCUCCUGCUAGAAUGUCGCAUGUGACCCAAGAAGGAGCUUGUGGGGAUGAUGUCGGGAAGAACAGGCCGCGAACGAAGAUAGCUUCCUUGCAAGUCUCUGAUGUGAAGAGACUUUUAACUAAGAAGGCGUUGAUCUUGAAGGGCUGUGUUUAUCUUGUGACCAUAGGGAUGCUGAUCUCUCUGCUCAUGGGGCUAAACAUGUCAUGGACUGCGAUUUCUGCUGCCCUUGCUCUCGUGGUCAUCGACUUCCAGGAUGCUGGGCCCUGCCUUGACAAGGUAUCAUAUUCGCUGUUGAUAUUCUUCUGUGGGAUGUUCAUCACUGUCGAUGGUUUCAACCAAACGGGACUACCGAGUGCACUGUGGAACUUCAUGGAGCCUUAUGCACGGAUCAAUCAUGCUAGUGGAGUGGUGGUGCUCUCUCUUGUUAUACUACUACUCUCAAACUUCGCUUCCAAUGUGCCCACUGUGCUCUUGCUAGGAGCUCAAGUAGCAAAAUCAGCAGCAGCAGUAUCUCCAGCGGACGAGACGAGAGCAUGGCUCAUACUUGCAUGGGUGAGUACGGUGGCUGGCAACCUAUCGCUGCUAGGCUCGGCUGCAAACUUGAUCGUCUGUGAGCAAGCGCAGCGGUCACAGUUGUUUGGGUACACGCUCACCUUCUGGGGUCAUAUCGUCUUUGGAGUUCCUUCCACGCUCAUUGUGACAGCCAUUGGCCUGCCUCUCGUUAGGGGUUAGUUUAUAGGAUGGUGAUUGCCUUGUUAUAUGGAGGGGUACGAAGUUUAUUGUCAUCUUGAAAGCUUUUGUAACUUGGGCUAAGUAAUGAUCUUGAAUCUAAGCUAAUUUGAAUUUAAUAAUCUUGG